GGAGUUGUAGUCUCAAGGGCAACUUCCGCUACAGGCUUCCGCGUGGCAGGCAGAGUGCGGAUUACUUUUCCACCCAGUGUAGACUUCCCAGAGGACCCAUUCGUCUUCCUGAGAUGCCCGCCCCGACGUGUUCCUCCUGCCACACAGCCCGAGCCGCCCUCCGUCGCCCGCGCUCGGGGCAGGCGCUGUGCGGCUCCUGCUUCUGUGCUGCCUUUGAGGCUGAGGUGCUGCACACGGUGCUUGCCGGGCACCUGCUGCCGCCGGGUGCUGUAGUGGCCGUGGGCGCCUCUGGUGGCAAGGACUCCACGGUGUUGGCACACGUGCUCCGCGAGCUCGCCCCGCGCCUGGGCAUCACAUUGCACCUGGUGGCGGUGGAUGAGGGCAUUGGCGGCUACCGCGACGCGGCGCUGGAGGCGGUGCGCAGCCAGGCGGCACGCUGGGAGCUGCCACUCACCAUUGUGGCAUACGCAGAUCUCUUCGGGGGCUGGACAAUGGACGCUGUGGCCCGCAGCACCGCUGGCUCUGGCCGGAGCCGCUCCUGCUGUACCUUCUGCGGGGUGUUGCGGCGGCGUGCACUGGAGGAAGGUGCUCGCCUCGUGGGAGCCACACACAUCGUGACAGGCCACAAUGCUGACGACAUGGCGGAGACAGUUCUCAUGAACUUCCUGCGUGGUGAUGCUGGGCGGCUAGCCCGGGGCGGAGUCCUGGGCUCCACGGGUGAGGGGUGUGCACUCCCCAGGUGCCGGCCUCUGCAGUUCGCCUCGCAGAAGGAGGUGGUGCUGUACGCACACUUCCGUCGCCUACGCUACUUCUCUGAGGAAUGUGUAUAUGCCCCUGAGGCCUUCCGCGGUCACGCCCGGGACCUGCUCAAGCGCCUGGAGGCAGCCCGGCCAUCAGCUGUGCUGGACCUAGUGCACUCAGCCGAGCGCCUUGCUCUGGCCCCAGCGGCACGGCCGCCUCCUCCAGGCACCUGUUCCCGCUGCGGGGCGUUGGCCAGCCACACUCUCUGCCAGGCCUGUGCGCUCCUGGAUGGCCUCAACCGAGGCCUGCCGCGCCUGGCCAUCGGCAAGGGCCGCCGUGUGCUGCAAGCUGAGCCGUCAGCACUCGGGAACCCAAAUCGGGUCACCAGUGAUCCUGUGGCCCCGCCAGGCCCCUGCUCCUGCAAGCAAUCCAGAGAUGAAGCCAACCUGUGCGGGGAUGGAGGGGAUAAGGCUGGAGCCACCUGUGUCUUGCAGAGCGACCUGAGCCGAGUGGCAGAGUGACCUGAGUCCUACACUCUUCUACCUU